AUGGUAACUGUUAAGACAUCACUUAUAUGGAUUCUGAUCUGUAAUAUCCAGUUGGUCAGAUGUUUUAGCAUAACCAGUUUGUUGAAAGGCUCUCAGGUUCACCGUUACAUGCAAGGGCAGCGUGUCCAUUUACUGGUUAACAAAAUAGAAUCUGAUGAGACUCAGCUUCCCUAUUCCUACUACGACUUGCCUUUUGUUUGUCCUCCCAUGGACGAUGCCAAACCUGUUACAAUGUCUCUAGGAGAGGUAUUUAAUGGAGAUCGACUAUGGGAUUCCAAUUACGGUUUGUAUUUUGGGAUCGACGAGAGUUGCAAACGUUUAUGCGAUCGAAUAACGCAACCCGAAGCAUUAAGGAGAGCCGACCAACUCAUCAGACAGGGCUAUGUCGUACAGUGGACAGUCGAUAGUUUACCUGGAGCCACAACAUUUAUCAGCUCUUCCUCCAAUUCCAAAUAUUAUGCAUCAGGUUUUCCUCUCGGCUUCGUCAAGGAUGGAGACACUUAUUUACACAACCACGUCAUGAUAGUUAUCAGAUGGCACACUGAAGCUGCAGAUCCCGCCAAGAAAGUUAUUGUCGGGUUUGAGGUAUAUCCAAGAUCCGUGAGUGAUUAUCAGUGUCCUGGAGCUAGUUCAAACUUUGACAACUAUAAACUUGAUAUCAACUCAACCGAACCUGCUCAGAUUCCUUUUACUUACGCCGUCUAUUGGAGAGAGGAGAAAGAUUUAUCGUGGGAAAACAGAUGGUCCAUGUACUUUGUAAGUGAACUCAACCAAGGAAACAUUCAUUGGUUUUCAUUAGUCAAUUCUUUUGUUUUGGUACUGUUCUUAUCUACAGUGGUAGGUGUGGUUUUAUACAAAACGUUAACGCGAGAUAUCAACGAGUUCAAGUCUUCUCAUCGAAUUCAUGACGCCGUCACGGAGGAACUAAAGUUUCUUCCCAAUGUGCAACAUACUGAUAGCGACUCUGAUGGUUGGAAAUCAAUUAGGAAUGAAGUUUUCCACGUACCUUCUCACCCCUUAUUACUUUCUAUCUUAGGUGGAUCCGGUUUUCAGAUCCUUCUGACAGCUCUUUCUGUUAUCAUAUUCUAUACAAUAGGAGUGCUUAGACCCCAGUUCAAAGGUGAUUUCUUUACUAUCUCUUUUGCAAGCUUUAUAUUAGCUGGAUUUGGUUCCGGCUUUGCAGGUGCUCAAUUCUAUUUUCAGCUUAAAAGUGACCCUCACAUGACAGCUGGUUGGAGAAAAGUUUCAAUUCUGUGCGGUGUGUUUUGUACAAGUGUUAUACUAUCUACAAUUCUGUUUUGCAAUUUUUUUGUGUGGGCCAAAUCUUCUUCAUUUGCACUCCCAAUCAGGACAAUUUUGAUACUGGUUCUCUCAAUCAUAGUCAUAGAAAUCCCGCUCUCUUACAUGGGAGGUUAUGUUAGUAAAAGGCUGAAAUAUUCCUGGUCUCUCAAGGGAUCCAGCAAGAGUUCUCUUCUGAGAACCAAAUCUUCAAAUGAUUUAAUUAUCAAAACACCGAUACCCAAACAGCCAUUCUAUAACAAAUUAUUCGUGGCUGUCCCACUAUUUGGAGCUUUCCCUUUCGGAAUAAUCUACGUGGAACUCUUGUUUAUAUUCCGUUCAUUGUGGUUGGAGAAAUCAACCUACUAUUACAUGUACGGGUUCCUGUUUGUUACAGUGGGUCUAUUAUGCAUCGUCAUCGUCGAAACAGCCAUCAUAGCGACAUUCUUGUCCGUAAACAAAGGAAACUAUAAUUGGCAUUGGAGAUCAUUCAUUAUUGGUGGAUCUGUGGCAUUUUACCUUACUUCAUACAGCAUUUUCUAUCUGAUCUUUUACUUGAAAGUCGUCGACUUUACAAGUACAUUGAUCUACCUGAUCUACAUGGCCCUAAUUAGUUGUACCGUUGGGGUCGCCUGUGGAUCAGUGGGAUUGUUCAGCUCCAUUAUUUUGAUGAACACGAUCUACAAUGCAAUCAAAGAUGAUUAA